AAAAAAGAAUCAAUAUAUCGUAAUUUGUUUGGACUCGUAUUAGGAGUCCAGGCGACUUACAGCCGAAACCCAGUAUGUAAGAAAUGGCAAGUCGUAGCAUUUACGGGUAACCUCCCAUGAGACUCGCUCGAACAAGUUCUACUUUAGUUUCCGCUGACAAGAAGAAAUUCGAAUUUGAAUUUCAAAGUCGUAUUCUUUGUUGAAUUACAAUACAAAAUUCGACCUUGUGUAGCUUUGCCCUCGCAAACGAAAACACUGUUAUCUUCUGUGCGAGAGAAAUGGGAGUGAAGAACUUGUGGGACAUUCUAGAAUCGUGCAAGAAAACCCUCCCACUUCAUCAUCUCCAGAACAAGAGGGUGUGCGUAGAUCUUUCCUGUUGGAUGGUUCAACUGCAAAACGUGAACAAGUCAUACUGUGCCAACAAAGAAAAGCUCCAUCUCAGAGGCCUCUUUCACCGCCUAAGGGCUCUCAUUGCUUUGAAUUGCAGCAUCAUCCUUGUCACAGAUGGAUCAGUUCCUGCCAUAAAGUUAUCUACUUAUAGACGACGAUUAAACUCUGGAUGUGAGGAUGGGAUGAACUCACAAGUGGCUUCUUCACUUAAACGAAAUAAAGGAUCUGAGUUCUCAUGCAUGAUAAAAGAGGCAAAACUUCUUGGAUUAGCACUUGGAAUCCCUUGCUUGGAUGGGAUUGAAGAAGCUGAAGCCCAAUGUGCAUUAUUAAACUCUGAGUCCUUAUGCGAUGGAUGUUUCACCUCAGAUUCGGAUAUCUUCCUUUUCGGUGCAAGGACAGUGUACAGAGAUAUUUGUCUUGGGGAUGGAGGUUAUGUCGUUUGCUAUGAAAUGGCUGACAUUGAGACAAAGCUUGGGUUUGGAAGGAAUUCAUUGAUUACUUUUGCCCUUCUUCUUGGGGGUGAUUAUUCUCAAGGAGUUCAUGGUCUGGGUCAGGAAUCAGCUUGCCAAAUUGUUAAAUCAGUUGGAGAUGAGGUUGUCCUUAGGCGAAUUGCAUCAGAAGGACUGUCCUUUGUGAAAAAGUCAAAGAAUUCAAAGAAACCGGCUCAACUUCUCAAGUGUGCUAAUGGGGAAAAUGCAUAUAGUUUUGAACCUAAUACGAAUGGAAGUGACCUUAAUUCAAAAGGUGAAAAUCAGUUUUUGCAAGUAAUCAAUGCAUAUUUGAAGCCCAAGUGCCACCCAGCAGGUUCUGAUGCAGUCUACAGGGUUCUUGCUCAGCAUCCAUUUCAGCAUGCCAAGCUUCAAGAGAUAUGUGCUCAGUGGUUUGAGUGGCCUCCUGAGAAAACAGAUGACUACAUCCUUUCAAAGAUUGCUGAAAGAGAGCUGCGUCGAUUUGCUUUUCUACGGUCUAUUUCAUCAGAAUUAGGAGUUAAGCUUCCACUUGACAAGAUACCGGUCAAGUGUCCGGUAUCAGAAAUUAUAAAGAGUAGGAAAAUACAGGGAAAAGAAUGUUUUGAAGUGUCAUGGAAAGAGUUUGAUGGACUUAAAACCUCCAUUGUUCCAGCAGACGUGAUAAAGAGUGCUUGUCCUGAGAAGAUCAAGGAGUUUGAGGAGAUAAAAGCUAUGGGAAAAAAGAAACAAAACUGUUGUAAACCAAGGCAGAAGAAAUCCAAAAAUAGAUUAUCCUCUUUGCCUGAAGUUACUCUGGAACUUCAAAACUUGGUGCUGGGUGUGGAACCAGAAAGUUAUUCCUCAUGUAGUACUUCAAUCUCCUCCAAAGUAGUAAUACCAGAAAACAUAAAUGCUAUUAAUGACAACGUCAUGGACAAGCAUUCACCGCAUGUUGAACUCUCGGUAAGGGAAGCUGAUUCCAAUGCCACAAGGUCUUGCCACCCAGCCAACCAUGUUCCGGCUGAGAACAAAAUCAUUGAUCUCUUGAGUCCUCCACAAGCUCCUUCUCGUAAUGUUUACACAUUUCAAGAACGGAAACAGUCAAAACAUAAUAAUUCAGAUCGAUUCAAGUGACUCAGAAGUGAUGUAUCACUUGACACGUAUCACUUGAACAUCAAAGAAGGCUAGAGAGUUAAGAUCGUUCCUGGCUAGCAUCCGUGAUGAUAUUUCUGA